GCUGAGGAACGCCGCCCGGUGCGCCCGCCUCCCCUUCCCGGCCGGAACCCCGAGCGCGGCGCCGGGGACGGAGGGGCCGCAGGGCGACGGACAGCCGAGCGGAGGACGGACGGACGGACAAGCGGGCGGGCGGGCGGCGGGGCCGCGCCGGAGCCAGCGGAGCAGCGCCCGCCAUGGUGCUCGUCAAAGAAUACCGCGUCGUUUUGCCUGUGUCGGUGGAGGAGUACCAGGUGGGGCAGCUAUACUCCGUUGCGGAGGCCAGCAAGAAUGAAACCGGUGGGGGCGAAGGGGUGGAAGUGCUGGUGAACGAGCCCUACGAGCGAGACGGGGAGCGGGGGCAGUACACACACAAGAUAUACCACUUGCAGAGCAAAGUCCCCCCCUUCGUAAGGAUGCUGGCCCCUGAGGGUGCCCUGGACAUCCACGAGAAGGCCUGGAACGCCUACCCUUUCUGCCGGACCGCAGUUAUAACGAACGAGUACAUGAAGGACGACUUCCUGAUCAAAAUUGAAACCUGGCACAAAGCAGACAUGGGCAUGCAGGAGAAUGUCCAUAAACUGGAUCCCGAGGAGUGGAAGAACGUGGAGGCCGUUUAUAUAGACAUUGCAGACCGCAGCCACGUGCUUUCCAGGCAGGACUACAAGCCAGAAGAAGACCCAGCAAAAUUUAAAUCGGUCAAGACUGGCCGUGGCCCUCUGGGCCCCAACUGGAAGAAGGAGCUGGGCAAGCAGGCCGGAUGCCCCUACAUGUGCGCUUACAAGCUCGUCACGGUCAAGUUCAAGUGGUGGGGGCUGCAAAACAAAAUCGAGAACUUCAUCCAGAAGCAAGAGAGGCGGCUGUUCACGAAUUUCCACCGGCAGCUGUUCUGCUGGCUUGACAGAUGGGUUGACCUGACAAUGGAGGACAUUCGCAGGAUGGAGGACGAGACGAAGAGGCAGCUGGACGAGAUGAGAGAGAGGGACCCUCUGAAAGGCAUGUCAGCUGCAGAUGAGUAGCGGGGAUUCCUUUCCCACAUGUUCGCGAGAGAGUCUGUGGGAAGGCCCAGGAACUCCACCCUCUUGACCAGCGGACCGUCUCUGGACACUCAAGCCCUCUUCCUCCAGUCGGCCGGCAACUCCUGGCCCCCCCCUUCUGCUAAUUCUAGUUGCCCUUAAUCUAGUGAGCAAAUCCUUUGGUCCUGAGCGCCCGGGCCGCGGUGCCCAGGAAAGAGGCGGCCCUUCAGGACAGCUGCUUCUGUGACUACCCCGUUUCCCCAGGGAGGGGCACACACCGGUUCUCAUGUGACUCUUUGGUUUCCAAGUGGCAGGUUUUUUUGAAGUAGUUUCGUGAUGUGGUGAUUUAAGAGUUCCUUGGUCCCUGUCUGUGUUUCCCCUCUUCCGAAUCCUGGAUGGCACUGCACUUGUGGAGACGACGGGAGCUCAGCGCUGAGCGCCACAAAUGCUGCCAUCUGGAAGCCUCUUUCCUCUAAAGAAUAGUCUUGUCUUGGGUGCGUCUCUGGCCCCCUCGGUGCAGGUUUGGCUGUUGGCACACGGUUUCCCCAAUCACCUCGUGGUCACUUCUCCUUACACACACACACACACACACACACACA